AGCCUGUCUGAGACACUUGCUGGUGUGUUGUUGUGAUGGCUGGGGUGCUGUAGCUGUGGAGAGAGGACGUGCGGUUUCCCAUGCUGCUACACAAGGGAAACAAAAUAGUCAUAAAGUUAUAACCUAUACUUUUUUCCUUUUACUUUUUAUAAGGUGUAAGAGAGGAGGUAAUGAACGGAAGGGGACGUUGCCAGUGACAACAGCAAAGAGGCCAUGGGCUGUGGCCUGAGAAAAUCAGAAGUACAGCAGAAGAAAUGUGACAGAGUGAGCCUCUCAGUCCCAGCUGCCACUGCAAUCAGAGCGGCUCUGUUGAUUCAGCGCUGGUAUCGGCAGUAUGUUGCCCGGCUGGAGAUCAGACGCAGGUGCACGUGGAACAUCUUCCAGUCUAUUGAAUAUGCAGGACAGCAAGAUCAGAUCAAGCUGUACAGUUUUUUUGGCUUCUUGAUGGACCACUUCACCCCAGCCAGCAGUGAAAGAAAUCUAAUUUCUCACAUCUUUCGUGAGAACGAAAUCUGCCGUGAUGUAGAAUGGGAAAGAUAUUUUUGCUACAAGAGCAUAGAUGUACCAGACAGCUACACGGGGCCCCACUUGACCUUCCCCAUGACGUUCUGCGGAGUGUCAAAGCUUGUCGAGGCUUUUAAGCACAAGCAACAGCUCCAUGCACGAUAUGUUCUGCAGAUUCUUGGGGAGACUUGGAGACUUCUAAGAAUUCUUCCAAACAUCAGUCAUCUUUCCUCCUGUCACACCAAGGAGAUUACAAUAUGUGGAGACCUCCAUGGGCAGCUAGAAGAUCUGCUAUUGAUAUUCUAUAAAAAUGGUUUGCCAUCUACUGAGAAACCGUAUGUGUUCAAUGGGGACUUUGUGGAUCGUGGCAAAAACUCCUUGGAGAUUCUGCUCAUCCUGUUUGGGUUCCUGCUAGUCUACCCCAAUGAUGUUCAUUUAAACAGAGGGAACCAUGAGGACCACAUUGUUAACCUAAGAUAUGGCUUUACUAAAGAAGUUUUGGGAAAAUAUAGGGUGCACGGCAAGAAGAUCCUUAAGCUUCUCCAAAAGAUCUUCAGCUGGCUACCUCUGGCUACUGUGAUUGAUCACAAGGUGCUGAUUGCGCAUGGAGGGAUCUCUGACACAACAGACCUGAACGUAAUAGCCAGAGUGGACAGACACAAAUAUGCGUCAACCCUCAGACCUCCAAAGAUGACUAAGCUAGCCGUGAACGGCAGCAACAGCCAGACAACGAACAGAAGGAACGGAGACGCCGGCGUUCCAGUGGACUUUCGACGUCGGGUGCGAUCUCUGACUCACCACAGCUCAACCCCACCUCAAGGCCUCCCACGACGUUCACUGCAUAACCUCCACACCAGCCAUCAGCACAUGAACUGGUCUGUGGAUGACGAGCUGAAGAAAAGACGUAGGUUGGCUGGGUUUGACCAGUCGUAUGGAGAAAGGAAGAAGCCAGACUCUGACUCAGACCCAGAGUGUGAAGAAGGAACAGAGACCUACGAGCACGAGUGGGAACAAAUGGUAGACCUGUUGUGGAGUGAUCCUAUGCCCCAAAAUGGCUGCAUUCCCAAUGAAGUGAGAGGGGGAGGCUGCUACUGGGGCCCAGAUGUCACGGAGGAGGUUCUCGGAAGACACAACCUGCAGCUCCUCAUCCGCUCCCAUGAAUGCAAACAGGAUGGCUAUGAGUUCUGCCACAACCGCAGGGUACUAACAAUUUUUUCGGCUUCAAAUUACUACGAGGUGGGCAGCAAUAGAGGAGCCUAUAUAAGAAUGGGAGCUGAUCUGGUCCCUCACUUUGUUCAGUAUCAGGCCAGCAGGACUUGCAGAGAGCUCACACUGAGACAAAGUGUUGGCUGGACGGAGAGAUCAGCUCUACAAGCUCUCAGGCGACAGCUGUUCGUACACAAGUCAGAUCUCAUCAGUGCCUUCCGAGAGUUUGAUCCUAACAACACAGGGAUAAUCUCUCCAAGUCACUGGGCAAGUGCCACAGAGAGCGUGCUGAAGCUGGGUUUGCCUUGGAGAGUGCUGCGCCCACAGCUUGUAAGCAGCACCAAGAAUGGUAUGGUGGACUACCAGGAGUGGAUGAAGGAGCUCUCCAUCACUGAGCCCAAACUAGAGAUAUCAGAUACCAGCCUACUGGAGACGAUGUACAAAAACCACUCCAACCUGGAAACUAUCUUUCGGAUCAUAGACACAGAUCACUCAGGUUUGAUCUCUUACGAGGAAUUUCGCCAAACCUGGAAACUCCUGAGCUCUCAUCUCAAGACAGAGAUCAGUGAUGAUGUCAUUGCAAACCUGGCCCAGAGCAUCGAUUUUAACAAGGACGGAAGCAUCGAUAUUAAUGAGUUCAUGGAGGCUUUCCGUCUGGUGGACCUCUCUGCACAUUCCUGAGAGGAUUGACCGGGAGCUGGAGCUGCACCAGCUGAAAUGCUGGAAGGGCUGUGUUUACGUUUUACCUUGAUGCACAAUCAUGAAAAGUUUAAUAGUUGGGGGUACUAGUAGUAUUUUACAUCAUGAACUAAAAAGAUUAUUUUUCCAUUGCAACGUAGAUCUUUUUCACCACUUUUUAAAAAACUUUCUAUGUAUUUUUAAAGUUUUUAUCUAACUGAAAGUUCACCUGUUUAGUUGGUGAAUAAAAACAUCAAAC